AUGCUACUACUUCUAUCCUUAAUUGUUGUCCCAUGGAUGCUGCUACCCAAGCCUUUCAGUUUAAAGGCACAUCCUAACAGAGCACACAAAGGUGAUUCCUAUGUGGCACUUGAAGGGACAAAUGAGUCAUUAGUGGAGGGAGAUCUGGUACUUUCCCACUUUAUGUUGUUGGAAGAAAGAUUCAGGAAUGUUAACCGGGAAGGCCACGAGCCCCAAAACUCGAGAGGAAUAGUAUCUGAAAUACCAUUAUUUGCAAUAGCAAGACUGGUAAGGAUAUGGGCAUAUAAGAACCUCAGUUUGUGGACCUGUCUCAAGAUGAAAAUCAGAUCCAAUGAGACGAAUGUCAAACCUUUGACCAAGGAGUUAAUUGAUUAUCUACAUGUAAGUGACCAUGACUUCAAGGGAGAUCUUACUGAAAAAAUUUGCUCCAUUGUAGAAAAGCUUUCCCCUGUUAAGAUGUGGUACAUUGAUCAGAUGCUCAUGGUUCUUUCUGAGCGAUUAAGCGAUAUCUCACCUCAUAUGAACCAUAACCGAUAUAGGAGGUUUGUUAAGUUCAUUUUGUUUUCUGAUGCAAAAAAAGUGGCUAAUAUCUUUGUGUUGUGUUGUGGUGUAGCGUUUUCAAUAUCUAUAAUUAAGGCAGAGCAAGCAAUUCUGCAAUGCCUCGAUGUUGCAGCUAAGGCUGCGCAUUGGCCUAUUGGUGUUGAUGUUUAG